AAAAGAACAUUGCUAUCUGUUUUUGCAUGUUAAUCGGAAAAUCUGCUUUAAAAUCCCAGAAAGAAUUUAUAACUUAGUAAAGAAACAACUGUCAUUUAUAUCUACGAAAUCCGGACCAUUUUGAAGGGAAGAUAUUUUGUUAACGAGAAAUGGGUUUAUAAUGGUUGUUGGGACAAUAGCUGCGGUAACUGUUGUAAGCAUUGGUGCAGCGAAUAUUAAACCAAUUGCUGCUGGCGCGACGGCUGGACAAUCAUUUGGAUCAAAGGCCUCAGGUGCUGAAAGGGGUUCAGCAGUGAAAAAAGCUGUGUGUGUAGGAACAGCUGCUGGGGCGAUAGCAGGAGCUACUGCUGUGGCAAUGGCCGGAACGGGUGCAGGGGCGGGUACUAUUGCAUCUGGUGCAUUAAUGGGUGGUUUGGCCGGAGGAACAGCCGCUGCCGGGAUGGGUGGUGUAAAUGUUGGAGUUGAUUCGCUUUUUGCAAAUACACGUAUGAGCACUGAUGACUGGGUCUUGUUAACUGUUGGUGCAAGUGUUAAUCAAGAAGAUGAUGAAAUAAGCUAUGAUUGUUGGAAGCCUGUGGUGCAUGAUACGUCACCAGAAAGAUCAAAUGGGAUCCUCCUGAAAGACAUGGUGUGCCAUCCUAAUGUUGCAAACGUUACCAUGACAACGGGAAUAUGUGACAGCCUUCCGAGUAUCCUCAUUGAAAAUAUUUGGAACGAAACGUUUGAGAUCGAAUAUGUAUUUAUACACAAUACGGGCAAGAUAGUGUGCCAUGCUAAACAUCUUUGAAUAUGAAAUAUAUAGAUGAAAGGAAGUUGGAGUUAAAAGGUGUGCACUUUUUUUUUACUUCCAGGAUUAUACAAAGUGUUUGCAUUUAUUCCGAGACAUUUUAGAUGACAUAUUAUUUAUUUUGUGUUAUAUUUGCAUUUGCAUUUACAAAAAUAGAAGUCUAAAACUUUUCAUCAGAUAAUUUUAUCAGAUUAGGAAUCUUACUAUUGUAGGUUUACUUUUUUCUUUUCAAAACAAUCAUUACAUUAAGUGAAUUAUGUUAACUAUGUAUUUUUUUAAGAUAUAUAUAAACAUGCGUGUAAGUUUGUGUAUGUACGCGUGCACAUGUACGUGUGCGUUAAACUAACGAAUCGAAUUAUAUUUUUGCAUAUAGAGUAGAGUAUCUACAUUUUGACUCAACACUAUAAAAAGAAUAAUCGACAUGAUAUAAAAUGUAAUGGUCACUCAACAGGGUCUAAAGAAAAAGUCAAAUAUCUUGGUGCAACCAAAGUUUGUCCUUUGAAUCAAUGGCCAUGUCGGUAAUACAAAAAUCCAAUGGUUUGUUAAAAUGUCUGUAUAAGAAGUAAGUUCCUGGAUGAUAUUAAAAAAACUUCUGGUCUCCUCGCUUGUCCAAUGUAACUUUGACAAUGCCUCUGUUGCUUGAUUUAUUGGUUUGACUCAGGCUUUGAAAAAUCAGUUACAGUUUACCCAUUAUAAAUUGAUAAGGUUUGUUCUGGAUCUGAUCAUAUGUAGGUCUUGACCAGUUUUUAAAUGGUUACCAGUUGCGAAUUACUCUUUCUCAUGUGUAUAAAACCCAUUCUGUCAAGGCCCCUCAGUAUCUAAGAGAAAAAGUUCACUCCAGUAUGUAAUAUUCUCUAAUACACCUUUUGUUCAGGGUAACAGUUUGUCCAUCAAUUGAUGGUCCAGAAAAACCAUUUGUUGAUAGCUAGAGAUGUACUGUUCCUGUGUGGUAAAAGUAUUUGGUCAAAGACUUGAAGUUACAGCGGUUGCUGUUAAUGGAACUCUCUAUCACAGAUCAAAAGGGAUGCCUAUUAUAUUUCUGUUUUAAACGUAGAGUUAAGAAGCAUAACCUUAGUACAGUUUAAAUGUAUUAUUUCAAUUUGUCUUUAGUAAAAUUAAGUACUGAAAUUUCUAUUUCUUAUGUUAUAAGAUUUUCUUAAUUCAACAUUUAAAUUGUAUACUUUGAUUAUGUGAUAAUGUUUUCCAUUUUAUUGUACAUUG